UCCUGUGGCCGGUCAUGACAGACAGACAGGACUGAAGGCUGCUCUGGUCAGAAACAGAACCGCUCGGAGUUUAUUCCUGUUUGUACAACUCGUCUCAGACAUGGAGAAAGUGAUCAUAGUAACUGGAGCGAACAGCGGUAUCGGCCUGGCUCUGUGUGAGAGGCUCCUCACCGAGGACACCCAGCUUCGGCUGUGUCUGGCCUGCAGGAACAUGCAGCGGGCCGAGGCCGCCCGGGCCGCCCUGCUGACCUCUCACAGCAGCUCCUCUGUGGACUUGUUGCACCUGGACGUGGGCUCGGUGCAGUCCGUGCUCCGUGCUGCCCAGGAGAUCAAGACCAGGUACAACAGAAUUGAUUUCSUGUAUUUAAAUGCAGGAAUUAUGCCCAAUCCAUCUGUGGACAUCAAGGCUUUGUUCAGAGGUCUCUUUUCCAGGAACGUCAUCAACAUGUUUGCUACGGCAGAAGGUCUCCUAACUCAGCAGGACAGUCCCAACUCAGAUGGUCUACAGGAAGUUUUUGCUACUAACCUGUUUGGUCACUUUCUCCUGAUUAGGGAGUUGGAGCCUCUGCUGUGUCAGCCGGGUCACAGCUCCAGGUUGAUCUGGACGUCCUCCAGUAACGCCAGCCGCUCGGCCUUUAGCAUGGACGACAUUCAGCACAGACACGGGAAGGAGCCCUACAGCUCUUCUAAAUACGCUUCAGACAUGCUCAGCCUGGCGCUUAACAAACACAAGAACCAGCAGGGGCUGUUCUCCUCRGUGACCUGUCCAGGUCUGGUGAUAACUAACCUGACCUAUGGGAUCCUCCCCUCCUUCUUCUGGACCCUCUUCAUGCCCAUCUUGUGGCUGAUCCGGGUUUUCACCAACACGUUUACACUCACACCGUACAAUGGAGCAGAGGCACUGUACUGGUUGUUCCUUCAAAAGCCGGAGUCUCUGAAUCAGAGAGCCAAGUAUCACAGUUUAACCUCAGGAUUUGGGACAAACUACACGGAGCCACGUCAGAUGGACCUUGAUGAUGAAACAGCUGAGGCUUUUUAUUCAAAACUUCUGGAGCUUGAGAAAACCAUCAGAAGGAAACAGAGUGAGAGAGAAGCUGCCAACGAGGCGAAUCAGGGAAACCUCAGAGAGGUAGAAUAGUAGUGUUUCUUUAUGGAAGGAUGUUUCUCUAAAAAUGGACUUUUUGUAUUUCCUGAAGAUGCAAUGGUUCUUUUACCUCAUUCUAUGUCUUAACGUUGAUCUUUUGUGAUGCUCGACCUUCAGCAUCCAGGAUAUUUGAGGCUGAAGUAUCAGAUGGUUUUAGGUUCUUUCUUCUUUAGACAUUCUCACUCCCAUUAAAGAGAAAUUUAUAUUUCAAUCUUCUGGUGAAAAGUAUUAAUAGCCGUGURGUGCCUUAAAGGUUUUGUGUUGCACGAUUAUGUUUUUAAAGCUAAUAUAUUCUCUAUUCAGAACUGAAAGUAACAACAGAGGGGAGAUUGGCUCUGCUGCUGUUUUGUUUCAUUAUGUACAGUGCCUUAUGAAAGUAUUCAGCCCCCUUGAACUUUUCAACUUUUUGCCACAUUUUAGGCUUUAAACAUAAAGAUAUAAAAUUUAAUUUUUUUUGUGAAAAAUCAACAAGUGGGACACAAUUGUUAAGUGGAACUAAAUUUAUUGAAUAUUUUAAACAUUUUUAACAAAUAAAAAAACUUAUAAAAAUCUUUUUGUAUCCAAAUCCAGCUUUAAACGUCUCCACAACAGUAUCUUGGACCUGCCUGGUGUGUUUCUUGGUCUUCAUGAUGCUCUCUGUGCUUUAAACAGAACUCUGAGACUAUCACAGAGCAGGUGCAUUAAUACAGAGACUUGAUUUCACAAAGGUGGAUUCUGUUUAUCGUCAUCAGUCAUUAUUUAGGACAACACUGGAUCAUUCAGAGAUCCUCACUGAACUUCUGGAGUGUUUACUGCACUGAAAGUAAAGGGGCCAAAUAAUUUUGCACGCCCCACUAUUCAGUUUUUUAUUUGUUAAAGUUUAAAAUGUCCAAUAAAUUUUGUUCCACUUCAUGAUUGUGUCUCACUUGUUGAUUCUUCACAAAAAAAAAUACAUUUUAUAUAUUUAUGUUUGAAGCCUGAAAUGUGGCAAAAGGUUGAAAAGUUCAAGGGGGACAAAUACUUUUACAAGACACUGCACCAGUGCCUCCAGUAAUUAUUUUAUUGGGGUGGCCAUGUGGAGGCCAUCUUUUCUUUUUUUUUUCCAAGGGUGGCCAUUACCACCCCUGACCCCUUUGGUGGCACCCCUGUUAAUAUGUAUCCUCACUACAUUAAAAAAUAAAAUCUGUUAUACUUUCAAUAAAGUAAAAUUCUCCUUGUUUGUAAUAAUUUUAAACUACA